AUGUCUUCUAUACCAUUAGAAGGUAAUGAUUUAAACUUUCCGGAAAUUCAACAACAGCAACAAGAACUUUAUACACGAAAAAGUGUUUCAGUUCAAACAAAACCUUCUUUUGCUGAAUUAUUAUCAAAAAGAAAUAUGAAGAGAGAACAAGUAAAAUGUGCUUGUGUUAACUGUAAGAAGUCAUGCAAGAAAUGUGAUGAUGAAAGGCCCUGUCAACGCUGUAUUAGGCUUAAUAUCGCCGAAACAUGCAGAGAUUCCAUUAGAAAAGAGAGAAAAUUAGGCAAAAAAGUGUUGAUCGGCGAAGCUGGAAUGAAAAGAUCGAGAUUGAUUCGUGAAAUAUAUCAUUCUUCAUCGUAUGUAAAUGUCAGUAGAAAAAAUAAUAAAAAAUCAGUCAUUAAGAAUCAUGUACCACCAGAAGAAAUUAAUUUGAAUGCUCAAGAAAGUCAACCGCAACAGCAAGAACUUUCUAACCAGGAAAAAAAUGAAGUUCAAUCACAACCUUCCCUUAUUUGGCCAACCACAGAAAGAACUACAAAGAGAGAACAAGUAAAGUGUGCUUGUGUUAACUGUCAAAAGUCGCGCAAAAAAUGUGACGAUAAAAGGCCUUGUCAACGUUGUAUUGAUCUUAAUAUCACUGAAACAUGCAAAGACUCUGCUCGAAAAGCGAGAAGAGCAACCAAAAGAGGUCCAUAUAAGCAUCGUGUACAACAAAAUUAA